GCUUGGUGCUCCUUGACACCAUUUUCCUUACCGCGGCCUGAAGGUGAUAUUUCGCUCGUGACUGUAUGAGAGUCAGGCACUCUAAGCAUAUUCGCAUAUUGCGCAUUGUACCUCCCUAGACCACUUGUGCUCCUGUCGGUCGCCAUUGGGAACAUUCCCUUCUCCGCACCUUCACCCUUCCCUCCGCUUCGCGCCGAUAAAUAAAACUGCGCAACGACAAGUUACCAAUUGGAGUCUACACACCUCCAAUUGUGAGAUGGGUUUACCGCCUAAAGCUCCCAGAAUCGCAGCAGCUUAAGAAGGAAUCUUCCCGCCUUUGUUUUCUUCGGGAGGCCCACGUUCGUCGAUAAUGAAGGACGCGCGCGCGAGCAAGAGGAGAAGAGUGUCAAAUGUGCAAAUUGUGGAUGGAGACGGGGAUACUGGGAUGCGCGACAAUGCUCUCGAUACGGAGCCGAACCAGUCAUCAUCUACUCCGGGCGAAAAUUCCGCCGCAGUGACCGAGAUGGAGACACAAACCGUCGACGAGCAGCCGAAAGCAUCAGUCUCAGCGCGAUCAAAACGCCGACGAUCCUCCCAAGGAAAUAUAGUGACAGAGGAGAGCACAAAAAAGAACAGCAAAGCUGAAGAUGCUGUUGCCACAGAAACCCCCUCGAGAGCUGGAGUACGUUCCAGCGGUCGACGGCGAAAAGUCCCUCAGCGAUAUGGAGAUGAGAUCGUGGAUACGCCUCGUGGCAAGGGUGCGGCGGCCUCGACACCGAAGCAGAACGGGUCAACUACGAGAGGCGCACGGAAAGCGAAAUACGUGUCGCCGUCGGAAGAUGACGGCGACGAGGAGGAGGAGGAGGAGGAGGAGGAGGAGGAAGAGGAUGUCGAAGUAUCCCCGGAGCCGCAGGCGCGGCGAACGCGGUCUGCCAGAGCUAAGAAGCCUCCGGUGCGCUUUGCGAAUUCGGAGCAAAAAGAUGCUUCUGCGAAUAGCAGAGAGGAAUCCAGGGAGCCCCCUAACCCAGACGACUAUCAGGAUGGACUCGAAGACCUUGUUUCCAUGCAACUGCAGCAAGAUCUUACCAACGAUGAGCUGAAUGGAAUUGAUCAGACGGCUACGCAGGACGGGCCACUUCCUGAAUAUGCUGAACGUUUUCAGACUAUUGUCCAGACGGGCUUGACGGAAGAAUUGCAACUACUCACUCGUGUUGUUCUCGAUAAGCUAAAUGGGAAGAAGAGAGUGCCUCUCAGAGGGCUGGAGACAGAAUUCGACAAGGUCAACCAACUUGUUGAGCAGACGGUCUCGAUUGGUGAAAGUAACUCGAUGCUGCUUCUUGGAUCGCGUGGAAGUGGGAAGACCGCUAUCCUUGACGCUAUCAUCGCGGGGCUGAAGAAAUCGCAUAACAACGACUUCCACGUUGUUCGACUUAAUGGCUUCCUGCACACGGACGACCGGCUGGCGCUCCGUGAGAUGUGGCGUCAGCUUGGCCGCGAGACCAAUACCGAAGACGACGCCGGCAAGGUCAGUAGCUAUGCAGACACAAUGGCAACUUUGUUGGCUCUCUUAUCCCACCACGAGGAGCUCUUUGGUCCUUCAUCAGACUUGGAGAAAGCGACCGCUGCGAAGUCGAUUGUCAUCAUCCUGGAUGAAUUCGACCUGUUUGUUACACACCCACGCCAGACGCUACUGUACAAUCUUUUCGACAUUGCACAAGCGCGCAAGGCUCCAAUUGCUGUAUUGGGCCUGACGACCAAGGUGGAGGUGACUGAAAUGCUGGAGAAACGUGUGAAGUCUCGCUUCAGUCACCGCUACGUCUACGUACCUCUUCCACGAAGCCUCGAGAUAUUUUCUGACAUCUGCUUUGCGGCACUCAAUAUCGACGAUGACGAGAUCUCAGACCUACUGGACGAUGCAGAUCCUUCGGAGCAGGCUAUUUCUAAAACCGAGAGCUGGAGUAAGCUCUUAACAGCAUGGAAGAUCUAUCUCAAGAACUUAUGGGUCGACGAGGCUUUCUCCGCGCACCUGCGCCGGAUCUACUAUCAAACUAAAUCCGUAAAGGAGUUCUUCACCAGCGCUCUGAUGGCCAUCAGCGAGCUUCAUCACAGCACUUACAUCACCAAUCCAAACAAUAAUAACAGCAACGGCCAAACAACCUCCCUCGCAAUCCCCACCGCAAUCACCUUCACUAGCCAAACGCUCUCCUGUCCCGACCCGGCGCCCUUACCCUUCGCACCCACCAUCACCGCAUCGGCCAGCCCAUCCUCCCUCCCGCUCUCCCUCCUCCUAGCCGCCACCCGGCUUGCCGCCCUAUACGACCCAGGCCUUGAGAGCGUCCAGACGCAAACCAACCUCGGACCCUUGGCCCUGUCCUUCCCCGCCGCUUACGCAGAGUAUGUGCGCCUACUCACCUCGGCCAAAACCUCAGCCUCGGUGUCCGGCGCGGCCGUUACCCCCGGCCGAGUCUGGGACCGGGAUGUCGCGCGCGAGGCGUGGGAAAAACUGGUCAGCUGGGGCCUCAUCAGUCCCGUUGGGGGAGGCAGUGGGGGCACAACGGAUGCGCGAAUGUUCCGGGUGGAAACCAGCUUCGACGAAGUGGUUGAGAUGGCUGGAACAGGGGGAUCGUUGGGCCGAUGGUGGCGCGAUGGCUGACAAGAAAAGGGGAAAAAUCAAAAUCCUUUCCCCCUAGGAUCUACCCUCUCUGCUCUUCUUCUCUUGCACAAUAGAAAGCACUUUGUAAAUGAUACCCGCACUAGUCGAAAGGAAGUUUACGAGGCGCGCAAAGAC